AAUGGAUUAUGCUGGUUGGUUUAUCUUAAUGCUACUUUUGGUGUUGUUUUCUCGGCUGCUCUUGGUUAAUCGUUGUCCAUCUUGAAUCUGCUGUUUUAUAAGAGGGAUCAGAUAUAGGUCUUUGGAAUUGCUGCAGUUUGUAGAGGAUGUGGUAUUUUCUUGAUCUGACUUCUAUACGAAUGUCAAGGGCCAUCCAAAUUGCGGAUGCAUAUCCCAUUAUAUUCUGCACUGUGUAUGUUCUUGGAGAGAGUGGUAUUUUCUACAUAUGGUUUCUCAUUGAAAGAUACUGGGAAGGGAUCUAUUGGCUUUCUUGGCUGGUGACUGUAUACUGAUGAUGCCAAUGUAUUGCACAUGGAAGGAUAUAGUUAUUAAUAUUGUACAGGCAUGUGAAGAAUCUGCACCAUUGAUUUAUAUUAUUAUCACAGCUGGGCAGAGGAUUUCUAUAUUUUGAGUUGCUUCAAUGAUCCUUGAAGGAUUUUCAUUCUGUAAAAGCUCUUGGUAUAUCUUUAUCUAUCUUUACACAAAGAGCCUUUAUUUCUAUGGCUCAUAUGGAAUCUGCAAGAAGGCACUAAAACUUUUCAUUAUUAUGUUACUCAUUUGUUCUAGUAAUGGAAAGCAGGAGUUUCGGGGCGGUGGUGACUUGCGAGAAAGGCUCGACAGGAUCCGUUCUCCAUUGCGCAGCUCACCAGAUAGACGAGACGCCAAAGAAAGACACACCUCUCAUGGAGAUAGUCCUCGCUCUCUUGGGAAAAGGAUUGACAGAAAUACAAGAAAGAGAAGGCAUUUGGAUGGCCAUAGUGAUUACUCCGGCAGGAUGUCGGAUGGGACUGAAGAUCAAAUCAAAGAUAGAAGACUGGCAUCCUCUGAAGCCAAAAUGCAAAUUGAUGCGCAGCUGAGAGAAAUACACUCUGAAAUUAAGCUGCUGGAGGAUGACAAGCAACAGCUAGAGAUUUACCUAGAGGAUAAGGUUAAGGAAGCCGAUUCAUUAACUUUCAAAAUUCAUGAACUUGAGAUGCAACUUUCUAAAGAGAAAGAAGAGGGGAAAAGGUUCACUACAAAGAUAAAGAAGUUCAUUAAAGCACAUAACCGUCACUUGCGGUUACAAGACGAACUGAAGAGAUCACAGGCUCAGUUUCAGAAGUUGGGCGAGCAGCUUGACUCAGAUGUUGGAGAAGGGAACGACGAUGAUCCAAAAAUCAAAGCCUUGAGUGAUGACGUAAAUGGUGGUUUUACGAGCCCAUUGAAUGAGGGACAGCUGGAUUCUUCCCCACGCAGGAAGAGGUCACGUGUUUCCCUCGAAGCUCAGGAGGCAUCACAUCAAGUUGGGGGAAGAACUGAGGUGGGAAAAAUUAGGGUUGAAAAGCCUCUUCGAUCAUCCAGGAAUCACGAGCAUUUUAGCAAUAGCAAGAAACCAGAAGCAGAUGAUGAUAUGUAUAAUAGUCGUGGGCUGUCAGCAAAUGAAGAGAAGUCCAGGAGAGGCUCAUACCUGCCCGCUGAUACCGAUUCUACUGACAAGUACAAGGCAACGGAGACGGGCAUUAUACUGCCCUCAACUGGUAUAGCUGCAAAUGCAAGUGAUGAAGAUGUCGAGGUUGCUGAAACAGAUGAGAGGUUUCAUGUUGCUGUUGGUCACUCGAACGGAUCUAAUGGAUCGGAAGAUGCAUUCAAGACCUCCCGCUUACCAUUUCUGCCGCCCCCACCUCCUAUCCCUCAGAAUGCUUAUAUGCAGUACAAAGGCGAUGAUGAGACUGUCGAUGUCGACGGAGUAGAUGAGGAGACAGUCGAAGUGGAUAUCGUUUGAUUCUAUAUCCAUUGUAUGCAUUAUACCAAAUUUUGUAAGAUCUGGAGCUGUCACAUUUUCAAAUUCUUGUACAGAAAUUAGGGUGGCUGUUUUUAUCAUUUCCCAUUUCACCUAAUUCAAAGAUCUUUGAAAAUAUCAUGUCUUGUUGGUAUUCACUUUUUGUAACUUAUAUAAAUAGCUCAUUAAAUCUUCGUUUCUAUAUGUAGACAUUAUAGAAAUGGCAGUUAUCCAUAA